AAUUGAGGAAGUUUGUGUUGGCACCCUGCAAGCGAUCAAAUCGCCCGCCCCGUGAUCGAAGCAGACGCGACACGAAAAGGGUUUCGGCGGCUGGUCCACUCGACCAGCGAUGGCGCGGGAGGCGACGGACUUCCACCUCCCCGACGAACUGCUCGCGGUGAUCCCUGUCGACCCCUACGACCAGCUCGACCUCGCGCGGCGGAUCGCCUCCCUGGCCAUCACCUCCCGCGUCUCCCACCUGGAAGGGGAGGCUGACCGUCUGCGUCAGAUGAUCACCGACCGUGAUCUGGUUAUCGAGGACCUCCACGGCAAGAUCGCUCGCCUCGAUCGCUUGGUCCAAGUGUCCGAUGCUCGCCUCAGGGAUAUUGACGAAGAGAACGCUAAGCUUUCUAGGGAACGGCAGAUGCUGACUACGACCUCGAAGAAAAUGGCCAGAGAAUUAUCGAAGUUGGAGAUGUUCAAGAGUCAACUGAUGGACUCAUUAAGCGGCGACAGGUUACCUCAACAAUCAGAUUCUGUUGAUAUUGGAAUGCAAAAACCGCCAAUCGCUAGAGUAUCUUCUUGGAGAGAUGAUGAUAAUAUUAGUCAAGUGGUUGCAAAUGAAUCAGCUGAAAUAAAAGAAACAGGAGAGUCCAGUCAAGAUGAUCCUAGUAUGCAUCAGUUCUCAAUCACACCAUACAUCUCGCCAAAGCUGACCCCUACCACCACACCAAAAGGUUCUUCAACUAAUGGUACUCCUAUAGGAUUCUCAACUAUCAGAUCAUCACCUAUAUUCUUGUCUGGAGCAACAUCACCAACAACAUCUCAAUACGGAGAGCAUGGUUCUAUGUCGCCUUUGUAUGCUUCCAGUCAGCAAUCUUCUACAGCCAGUUCUCCUCCUCAUAGGCAAUCAUUGCCAGGACGUACUUCUCGUACGGACGGAAAGGAACUCUUCCGUCAAGCAAGGAUCCGCCUCUCAUAUGAGCAAUUUGCUGCAUUUUUGGCCAAUGUCAAGGAGUUCAAUGCUCAUAGACAGUCAAGCAAGGAUACUUUGGCAAAGGCUGACAAGAUUUUCGGUACAGAGAACAAAGAUCUCUAUCUCACCUUCCAGAGUUUGGUAAAUCGUGCCAGACAAUAGAUAUAAAGGGUAAAUAGGUUUAAACACAUCGACAGCUAUUCAUUUUUGAGAUUCUUUAAUGUUUUCUCUGAAAAUAGACUUUUUGGUAUGUUCAUUUGGUAGUUAGAGUCAACUUUCUUCUCAUCAACUAUUUUUGAACAUUCUAACUUAAUCCAAGGGUAACUAGUUGUAGUACCGCCUACACAUCAAAUGCAAAACGCUAAAGUUAUCGCUAUUUGGACUUGUAGGUGACAUGCAAAUUACUCAUUGUUCACAUCCUCUCUUAUUAGUACAGCCACUGAAGGCAUUGCUGCAUAGGAAAGUAAGAUUUGUAUUUUUAUUGUCCUCGAGGGAUCAUAAAUAAGGAAUUUUGUUACCAAUUCUUUUACUUGUAAAAAAACCGUCGAAAUGUUUGUUGCCGACAAGUGCUAUAGAAUACAUACCAAUUCAAUUUUA